AAUUACUCUAUGUGUCCUGCAACACAGACCGACUGGAUGAUCUACACUGUGGUGCCUGUGUAUGUCCUCAUCAUCUCUGUGCUGGGCAUUGUGCUUAAUAUUCUGGUCCUGUUGGUGUUCUGGAUCCGAAAGAAGGCCUGGACUGUACCUGAGAUCUACCUGUUCAACAUGGCAGCUGCCGACCUCCUGCUGACGUCCUUUCUGCCCUUCUGGGCUGUCAAUGUUUCCAACAAAUUCAUCUGGUCCUUUGGCAGCCACCUGUGUCGCAUUGUCAAUGUUUGCAUUGUUAUGAACUCCAACUGCAGCAUCUACUUCCUUGUUCUGGUUAGUAUCGAUCGUUUUCUGGCUCUGGUACACCCCCUGACCCGUGACAGGGUCUGUAAACGGACAUAUGCCAAACUUAGCUGUCUACUGGUGUGGUGUUUUGGUUUUCUCCUGAGUGUCCCCACCCUCAUGUGUAGAAAAGUGAAACACUACCCUGAGCAAAAUGCUACUUCCUGCAUUUUUAAUUGUUCUGAAGCUGUAUAUAUAACAACUGAGAGCAUUAUGACUGUAUUCGGCUUCAUCAUCCCUGCUGUCAUAAUUUCCUACUGCACUGUCAAGAUUGUCCACGCUUUGCAAAAGCCAUUGGAGGGUGUCAAGAUUAAGACAAUGGAGCAUAAGGCCACCAUUCUGGUUUUGGUAGUGCUGGUGGCGUUUCUGGUCUGUUGGGUGCCAUUUCACAUAGUUAGGAUGAUAGAACUGUUGCUAAGAACUGAAAUCAUUCCUGGAAAUGACAGCUGUGAAGUCGUCAGAAUUUUUGACAUCUGCACACACAUCUUUGUCUACUUCGCCUUCUUUAACAGUGUUCUGAACCCCAUCAUCUACAUCACCAUCGGCAGGAGCGUCAUGCAAUCCAAAAUUCUUGAGGGGCAGAGUUAAAGCAGGAUGGGUACAGGGGUCUGAGAUGGUCUAAUAAAAGAGGAAACAAAACUUUCAGUUGACUACAGAAACAUUUACAUGAAGAAAAAAAGAGUCUAGCAGUAUCUUACUUCACAUAAUUCACCUUUUGCAUCGCCUAAGGACAAGGGAAGGGCUUUUAUUGUGUUUUUUAUAACACCAAACCAAUUUGAAUGGGCUUAAAGUCUCUGCCAAUAAAAAUUUCCACAUAAAAAGUAAUCACUGCCAGUUUAGUGCCACCACAUGCUCAAACCUGUUCUCAGGUCUGACAACCAAAUCACAAGCUAAUGAGGAAUUCUGUUUCCACAUCAUUCUGGAGAGGUUAGUAUUAAUGAUUGCACAUAAUGAAUAUACUAUUAACAUUUACGUUUGUGGUGAAGUCAUCACAGUAUGCAUUUCAUUUUGCCAUUCCAGCCAAAUCAUUAAGUACAAGCAAAAUACAAUGGGAUGUUUAUUUGAGUUGAGGCAUAAUACGAGUUGCAUGGAAACAGUUCUUAUUUUCUGUAAUUUUAGAGUUUUGUUGGAAUUUCUGAGCUAUUUGAUUGUUGACUCUAGGCAGGACAAUAUUUAAGGCUUCAGCUUAGACACAAUUAUCAGGCAAUGAUGCAUAAGGUAGAACAUUUGUGUCACAUUAGUUGGAGUUUAGGUACAAAUUUUUUUUUUUGAUAUCUGCCAUUUAAAAGCACAUUUGCUAUCUCUUUUAUCUGGAAAUAUACCUGAAAAUAUCUAUCUGUGGCCCAUUUCUUCAUCACCAUCAAUUAUUACAUCUGUAACUCAUAUAAUGACUAUUUGAAACGUAACUAUGCAAUCCAUAA